AAAGUAAAAAUUGCAGAGGUUUGUUUUUCUGGUGGAAGUUGCAUGUGAUGUGCGUGUGUGAGAGAGGGGAAGGCGGCAUGCGUGUGUCGUGUGUGUGUAGAUUUCUCCCCAAUUUAUGAGGAAUUGAGUUGGACUAUAUUUCCAUCCCAAAAUCACAACGCAAUUCAAAUUGGUGAACUACAAUCGAAAUUUAUUUAAACCUUACCCUACCUAUCUUUGUCGUCUUCUUCAUCAUCACCACCACCAUUUGCAAACUUCACCGUUUCUUUUCUCUCAGGCCUCCAUUGAAACCAAUCAUCCAAGCUCAUAAACGAACUCCACUUGCUCACUCCGUCUAAUUCAUUCAUGUUUUCCGCUCAUUCCUCUGCUCGUUUUCCAUAUUGGCCGCCUACAAAUUAAUGGUUUUGCAUUCGGUUACGAACACCUCACCUCUCUGCUGUGAUUUCACACACAGAAAAACCCUAUAUCUCCCCCAAUUACCUCUCAUAGGUUUAUGCCCUUGCGCUUCAGAUUCUUACCUUUGCCGAUUCCGCCAUCGGAGGAGAGGGGUAGCCGUUAAAAAUGUAAGAUGGGCUCUGUUUCAAGCUCAAGCCUGCAUCAAUGGCGGAAACCCUCCACACCAAUUCGGCGCCGCCGCCGCCGGAAGGGGCGCCAGAAACAUAGUCUUGAAGCGGUUUUCCGAUGAGGAGGAGCUAAACUAUCCAUCUACAUCUGAUUCAAGUAUUAAAGCUAGUAACUAUUACAGCACGAGUUUUGGGGAGGACCCUAUUGUAAAUAAGCUUAGGAGUCAGCUCGGGGUCAUCCAUCCUAUUCCAUCUCCACCCAUAAAUCGCAGUAUUUUCGGCCUUUUUGCUUUCUUCUUUUUUGUGGGUGUUGUAUUCGAUAAGGUUUGGACAUGGAAGAAGACGGAUGCGGGAAGUGGCGACAGUAAGCCCGGGAGUAGGCAGAAGGUGCCGACGGGGCUGUCGUUGUUCCUCGAGAAGGAUUUGCAGAGGAAAGAGUCGGUGGAAUGGGUGAAUAUGGUGUUGGGGAAGUUGUGGAAGGUGUAUAGGGGUGAGCUUGAGAAUUGGAUCAUUGGGUUGCUGCAGCCUGUCAUUGACAAUCUCAAGAAGCCGGAUUAUGUGCAGAGGGUGGAGAUCAAGCAGUUCUCUUUGGGGGAUGAGCCGUUGUCUGUUAGGAGCGUAGAGCGCAGAACUUCACGCCGUGCUAAUGACUUGCAAUACCAGAUAGGACUUCGGUACACUGGUGGUGCGCGUAUGCUUCUACUUUUGUCACUUAACUUUGGCAUCCUUCCCAUUGUUGUGCCUGUUGGUGUGCGGGACUUUGACAUUGAUGGGGAACUAUGGGUGAAACUGCGACUCAUACCAACAGAGCCGUGGGUGGGAGCUGUAUCGUGGGCCUUUGUCUCUCUUCCAAAGAUAAAGUUUGAGUUAUCACCAUUUCGCUUGUUUAAUUUGAUGGCGAUACCCGUCCUUUCAAUGUUUUUGACAAAACUUCUCACUGAGGACUUACCAAAGCUAUUUGUGCGUCCCAAAAAGAUAGUUCUAGAUUUUCAGAAGGGAAAGGCUGUUGGACCUGUUCCGAAGGACUCCAAAUCUGGAGAAACUCAAGAGGGAAACAGUAACUUUGCGGGAGAAUUGUCCGUGACACUUCUGGAUGCUCGUAAACUUAAUUAUGUAUUUUAUGGCAAAACAGAUCCAUAUGUUAUUUUAAGAUUGGGAGAUCAAGUUGUACGUAGUAAAAAAAACAGCCAAACUACUGUCAUUGGGCCUCCUGGUGAGCCAAUCUGGAAUCAAGAUUUUGAUAUGUUAGUUUCCGACCCUACGAAGAAUAAGUUAUCAAUUGAAGUAAGGGAUUCUCUUGGAUUCACAGACCUGACUGUAGGUACUGCAGAGAUUGAUCUUGGAUCUCUGAAAGAUACAGUUCCUGCAGACAGGAUAGUAAUACUUCGUGGGGGUUGGACUCCAUUUGGAAAUGGAUCGGCUGGAGAAAUUCUGCUGCGUUUGACAUACAAAGCAUAUGUUGAGGAUGAAGAAGAUGAAAAGUCCAACAAAGUACUCGCAGAUACAGAGACAUCCGAGGAUGACUUGUCUGAUUCUGACGAACCUGAUAUCCCAAUUCCUAAGAAACGUGUGAAGGAAUACGUAAUUGCACCAGAUAAUGAGUCUUUCAUGAAUGUUUUAGCAGCACUGCUAGUAAGUGAGGAGUUCCGAGGUAUAGUAGCAUCAGACACCAUGAAUAACAAGUCUCCAGAUGAUGGAGCCAACAACGGUGCAACCGAGCCAAACAAGCGCACUUCUGUGUCUGCACAGCAAACUCCGGCUAGUGAUUCGGGUGGUUCUCGAGGAUCAACUUUGUUUUGGCUUGCCAUUAUUACAAGUAUCACAGUCCUUAUAGCGAUGAACAUGGGCACCUCAAGUUUGUUCAAUCCUUGAUGUGAGUAAAUGUGUUGGGUUUAUUGCCGCAAAUAACACAACAUUUAACCUGAAUUUGCAAUUACAACAUCCCAAUUCCUUUAGCAGCCAAAUGACGUCGUUUUAGUGCCAAAUAUCUUCAAAAGAAUUGAGGAUGUUGGAAUCGCAAAAUAUUAAAAAAUAGUGUGGUAAUUGCAAGUGUGGGUACUGAUUGUGUUAUCUGCGGCCAUUAACCCAAAUAUGUUUCUUCAUAAAUUCUGACAAAUUUUCUGUGAUUGAUGAUGUUGUUGAGUAAUAUACAUUGUGUGAUAGGCUGGUGAAGAUUGAAGCUAAACGAAAGGUGGCGGAGAAGAGUGAAAGGCUUUCCUUUUGCUGUAUGUAUUGUUAUUGGGUAGAGAGCAAUGUUUUUCCGGCGAUAUAUUUUUUUGUCCAUCCAAUAUAGCUUAGACAUGGACACUUCAUAUCACUAAUUCUUUAUAGAUAGCAACCACAUAAUUAUUCUUACUCUUCAGUAUAUCCAUAAUACACAAAUAAUGCAUGCAAAAUUGCAAUUCAUCA